AUGGAAUACGAGGACGUUUUGACUAAUCAACCUGUUGUGAUCGAUAAUGGUUCUGGGGUGAUUAAAGCUGAUUUCGCUGGUGCUGUAGAAGGUAAUGUUUUUAUUGAACGUAAAGCUCAAGAAUUACGAGGACUUAUCAAAAUAAAGUAUCCGAUUGAACAUGGAAUCGUAUCUAUAUGGAAAUAUAUUUAUGAGGAAGAAUUAAAAACUGCUCCAGAAGAACAUCCAGUCCUUUUGACUGAAGCUCCAUUUAAUUUAAGAAACAAUAAGAUUCUGCUGCACAAAUGUUUUUUGAACGUUCAAUCACCAGCUUUGUUCACAUCAAUUCAAGCUGUCUUGAGUCUUUAUUCUUCAGGUCGAACAACUGGUAUAGUCCUUGAUUCCGGUGAUGGUGUAACUCAUGCUGUACCAGUGUAUGAAGAAUUUUCUUUGCCUUAUGCUAUUCGCAGAAUUGAUAUUGCAGGCCGUUAUGUAAUGCCGGAUGAAUUACUUUUUGCGUUAUCAGAGAGGAUGCCAGAUGAACCAAGAGAUUUGGUUGCAUGCUGUAGAACAGUAGUACCACCAAUUGUUCGAAUGAAUCUUAUUGAUUUAGCAAGAUUAAUAUCCGAUUCUAAAAGAAGUAAAGUUUUAUUAUCAAGCAUAUAUGAUCAACCAGCACAACCUAAUGAAAUAGACGAUCAAACUAAAAAAGAGUCAACGUUGAUGGAUGGAGUUGAAUUCAAUGAAGCAUCAAGUAUUUUAAUAGAAAUGAUAACAGACACAACAAAUAUGGAUGAGGAUUCGUCAAGUAAAGAUAUAAGCAAGCAUAUAUCGGAAAGAUCAAUGUUAUUUGGAAAUUAUCUUGAUGAGGUUGAUAUACAAAAUGAAAAUAUGGAAUUAGUAAAAAAAAUAGAAUCAAGUUUUGAUUUUUCUUUACCAAUUCCAAAAAAAAUAACAUAUCCAAAUCAAUAA